ACCCUGUCCUCAAUUGGACAAGUCAUUGUCUCCUCUUUAACUCUCCCUCUCUCUCCUUCGACAUUCAUAUUCACGUCUGGUCUCUCAGCUUACAAAACGAUGCCGUUUCAAUUUCACCAUCAUCUCUCUCUCUCUCUCUCUCUCUUAUCUCUAGCCACACCACUCAAUAUCAUUUCUCCUUAAUUUUCUCUUCCAUUAGUGUACUAUAAAGACCAAUACCCUUAAUCACUUUCAGUAUCUUCUUAAAUCCCCUUUUCUUCCAUAACCACACACACACACUCAAAGCCCGUAUAGCUCUUUUAUGGCAGUUGUAUCAUCCACAACAGGCAUCAUAACCAUGAGCAGCAACGUUAGUAAUGGAGAUUUUCACCACGACCGCAGCAGCAACAGCGACAAGGGUGUCGAGGAUGAUGACCGUCGAGGCCAUGAAGGUCACGAUGAUAAUAAUGACGACGAUGACGAUGAUGAUCAUGGCCAUGACAUGGUCAUGCCCGGUUUCCGCUUCCACCCCACCGAAGAAGAGCUCAUAGAGUUUUACCUUCGCCGUAAGGUCGAGGGCAAACGCUUUAAUGUUGAACUCAUCACUUUUCUCGAUCUUUAUCGCUACGAUCCUUGGGAACUUCCUGCUUUGGCGGCGAUAGGAGAGAAAGAGUGGUACUUCUACGUGCCACGAGAUCGCAAGUACAGAAACGGAGACAGGCCGAACCGGGUGACGACGUCAGGAUACUGGAAAGCCACCGGAGCUGAUCGGAUGAUCCGAUCGGAGACUUCUCGCCCAAUCGGAUUGAAGAAAACACUUGUCUUCUACUCCGGCAAAGCCCCCAAAGGCAUCCGUACAAGUUGGAUCAUGAACGAGUACCGCUUGCCUCACCACGAGACCGAGAAGCACCAAAAGGCUGAAAUAUCACUUUGCCGGGUCUACAAGAGGCCAGGAGUUGAAGAUCACCCGUCGCUCCCGCGUUCUCUUCCCACAAGGCAUCAUCGUCAUCAUCAUAACGCAUCAUCAUCAUCAUCACCCCCAUCAUCACGCUUGGCCUUAAGACAACAAAAUCCCUCAUCUUCCGCUACCUUUCCCAACAGCAGCAACAGCAGCAACAACACCAACACAAGAAGAACUAAGACCGACAACAGCAAUUCCGACGUAACCAUGGCUUUAGUCAGUCACCAACCACAACAACAAGAGCAACAACGGCAUCAGAACAUCUACCGUCCAAUGCCUUACGUCACAAGCAACCCGGUGAUCUCAACAAUGGCUGCCGAAGAUGAGUCCGUUUUCGUCAAUAACUCUGUUGAUGAGCUCCAAAGGCUGGUUAAUUACCAGAUAUCCGUCAGUGACUCAAGUAACAUCAAUCAACAAUACUACCAAAUAGCUCAACAAUUUCACCACCACCACCAGCAACCGCAGCAGCAGCAGCAGCAAAACGCUUUGCAUUUGAUGGCUGCGGCCACGACACUGACGCCUCAAACGCAGACGAUGAACGUUAUUCCGGGGACGAUGCCUAACAACGCUUUCCCGGACAGGCUGUGGGAGGUGUGGAAUCACAUAGAUUGUAGUAAUAUCGGCCCAUUUAAGUAAAUAUUGAUUUUAUUAAGAUGCUUCAUUAAUUAUAUAAACUCGAAUACAUAAUCAAAAUUAGACUAUGAUUGAUUACCGUCAUUUUACGUCA